AAAGAGCGAAAAUCAUACCUCCUGAACAACUGCUGGCCUUCAUUCAACAAACCAAUGCCUUAUUGCCUGAAAAUCUGAAGGACCUAAAAGACAAUCCAGCCGAUCCAUCUCGGCUGCAUCGCGUUGUAGGUCUGUUGGUGGGGGGCAUGGUGGCAACAACAGGCCACAGAAAGUGCAUCUUCCUGGGCAUGACUGUAGGGGAUGUCGAAAAGGCAGAGGCCUACAAGGGCAGUUUUACCAUUACGACAGAUGUGGCACUUCCAAUCGACAAAAGGCAGGAUGUCUGCAGAGCGAUGGCCCAUGACCCGAAGACUGCCAGCUUAUACUAUGUGCCUGAGGCCAGUGGCAGACAGACCCGAACAAUCAGGCUAGACAUAUUGAGGUCCCUAAUGGCCUCAGUCAAGCAACGUAAAAGGGUCUCAGAGGAGACACAGGAUCAGGUGACAAUAAAUCAUUCAGGUGACGGUGAGGAUCAGGAUGCAAUGGAGCAGGACCAGGAGACAAAUGCAGAGGUGUCUGAGGAGGGUCAGGUGAAGGAGACAGAGGUCACACUUCCCUUUGAAGAUGGGCAGAGUCAAGUCUCUCAAGCAAUGGCCCUUGACUUGAUGAGUCCAGGUAAUGUGCCUGAGUUCACAGCCAAACGCUCCCCAUUCUUCAAGUUGGAGAUAUUGAGAUCCCUAAGUCGAUCGAUCAAUCUACCAAGCAUCCAGGAGGACCAGGAGGAAGCACAGUCUCAGACCAGUGAGUCUGGGAACUCCUCCUCACCAUCCUCCUCAGAUUGUACAGAGGAGGGUCAGGGGAAGAAGGACCAGGAGGAAGCAGAGUCUCAGUCAAGUGAGUCUGGGAACUCCUCACCCUCUUCCUCAGAGUCUGAGUAGGUGGGUGUGGAGGAGAAAGAAAGUGAGCUUGAGUCCCAUAGCUCAAGUGAAGACAGCCAGGAGCCAGGAGAAGCCUAACCCUAGUCAGGGGAAACAAAGCAAGAACCAAGUCAAGGACAUUGGACAAUAAUUGCGACUUAGGUUUCAGUUUUAUUUAAACUUUUAAUUUUGUAUUUCUUUUAAUGGUAACAAAGCCAUUGAAGCAAAG